AUGUCAAAAUACGAGGGCUCAGUGCAGGAAUUAGAUCCUCACAGGCUAGGCCAGAUAGAGAAGCAAUCAAGGUACUCUAAAACCACACACGUUAUCCUCUUCUAUGCUGCCUGGUGCGGCCACUGCGAAGAUCUGAUGUCCACUUUCAACGAGGCCGCCAAAGUUCUUUCUGCCAAAUAUUCUGAUAUCGCUUUUGGCAAAAUUGAUGCCAGCAAGUACAAACAGGAGUUAGUGCACCACGAUAUUAAGGGGUACCCCACACUGAUGACCCUUGUGGAUGGAAACUACAAAAAGUUCUCAGGAAAGCGGACUUUAGAGAAUAUAAGUGACUUUGUGGGUAAUAGCAUGUCCAAGUAG